AUGCGGUGCGCGAGCAAGGCCGCCGAGAGCGCGUCUGCACGUCUCUGUGCGGGCGCCGAAGCAGAAACCGCAGCAACUGAUGUCUCAUCGGUUGCUGAAGCGACCCAGCCUGUGUCACUUGGUGAUGCAGGCGCUGGUCAUGAAGACACUCAUGUCUUCACAGAGUACGAGCUCGGUGUCUCAUACUCUCCUGAUACGGAAGACGGAUCCGUAUCGACGGCGAUUGAAUCCAAGCCGCCUGCCAAGCGUGGCAUGGACGAUGCUUUGCGUCGCAGAAUCUUUGGUUCAUCUGAUGAAUAA